UGCAGCGCAUGCGCAUCAAGCUUUGUUGAGUGCAAGCAAGCGAGGCUGCUGUCUUUCGUCGCCCGUCGCGCCGCUCAAAGUUGCGUCGUAUUUGGGCUGCUCUUCGCGUUAUCAGCGCGCUUUUUCGUCCCAACUGUCCCAAGAAGGCUUUCCAGUGGCGUCCUCACGCAAAAUGACGGAAAAGGACGGAGAAGCGUUCGAUGAUGCCGUCGAAGAGAGGGUCAUCAACGAAGAAUACAAAAUCUGGAAGAAAAAUACACCGUUUCUGUAUGACCUUGUCAUGACACACGCCCUCGAGUGGCCUUCGUUAACAGCACAGUGGCUUCCUGAUGUCACUAGGCCUGAAGGAAAAGAUUACUCUGUGCACAGACUCAUUUUGGGAACCCAUACGUCAGACGAACAGAAUCAUCUACUAAUUGCCAGUGUGCAGCUGCCAAAUGAAGAUGCCCAGUUUGAUGCUUCACAUUAUGAUAAUGAGAAAGGAGAAUUCGGAGGUUUUGGUUCUAUCAGUGGAAAAAUAGAGAUUGAAAUUAAAAUUAACCAUGAAGGUGAGGUCAACAGAGCCCGCUAUAUGCCUCAGAAUCCUUGCGUUAUUGCCACCAAGACACCAUCAAGUGAUGUCCUUGUGUUUGAUUACACCAAACACCCUUCCAAGCCUGAUCCCAAUGGAGAGUGUCACCCUGACCUGAGAUUGCGUGGUCAUCAAAAAGAAGGCUAUGGUCUUUCUUGGAAUCCGAACCUAAAUGGAUAUCUCUUGUCAGCCUCUGAUGACCACACCAUCUGUUUGUGGGAUAUCAAUGCAACUCCCAAGGAGAAUCGUAUUAUUGAUGCUAAAACUAUCUUCACUGGCCACACCGCUGUUGUUGAGGAUGUUGCAUGGCAUUUGCUCCAUGAGUCCCUCUUUGGUUCAGUUGCUGAUGAUCAAAAACUUAUGAUUUGGGAUACACGAUCCAACAACACCAGCAAACCCUCCCACACGGUUGAUGCUCACACUGCAGAGGUCAACUGCCUGUCUUUUAAUCCAUACUCAGAGUUCAUUCUUGCAACUGGAAGUGCUGACAAGACUGUUGCUCUGUGGGAUCUAAGAAAUUUGAAGCUGAAACUACAUUCAUUCGAGUCGCACAAAGAUGAAAUUUUCCAGGUUCAAUGGUCCCCUCAUAAUGAAACGAUUUUGGCGUCAAGUGGCACAGACAGGAGACUGCAUGUAUGGGAUCUCAGCAAGAUUGGAGAAGAGCAGUCGAGUGAAGAUGCUGAAGACGGACCGCCAGAACUGCUGUUCAUUCAUGGAGGCCAUACUGCUAAAAUAUCAGACUUCUCUUGGAAUCCUAAUGAACCCUGGGUCAUUUGCUCAGUUUCUGAGGACAACAUCAUGCAGGUGUGGCAAAUGGCAGAAAAUAUUUACAAUGAUGAGGAACCAGAGACCCCAGCAAAUGAACUGGAGGCAGCAGCAUCUUAAAGUCUUGUUUAUCUUUUAUUAUUACCUAUCAUUAUUCAUGUUCUGCAAGCUUGUAUGCUUUUACUGCAAUUUUUUCUCCAUUGUGAUUCAUUUAUUUACCAACAAUCAUUAAUUAAAUUUUAGAAUUGUA